AUGCAGCGUAUUUUCGCGAAGAGCCUUUUUUCGAACAAAGUUGCAAUCGUGACGGGUGGAGGAACGGGCAUCGGGAUGGCCACUGCCAAGGGAUUCGUUGAGCUCGGCGGCAAAGUAGUCAUAGCUGGACGAGAUAAAGCGAGAAUCGACGAAGGCGUUGAAAAAAUCAAGGCGCACUGUUCCGACGGUGCCGAGGUCUUAGGACUAGAGUGUAACAUCAGAAAACGCGACCAGGUCGCAAAAAUGGUGACUGACACAAUCGAUAAGUUCGGCCGUUUAGACGGACUUGUUAACAAUGGCGGUGGACAGUUCUGGUCGCCGGCAGAAAACAUCUCCCCUGGAGGAUUCCACGCCGUAGUUGAUACCAAUUUGAAAGGCUCCUGGAACUGUAUGCAGGAAGCGUAUCAUCAGUACAUGGGCGAGAAUGGCGGCAAGAUCGUGAACAUUGUGCUGAUGUCGGAAAUGGGACUCGCCGGUAUGAGCCACUCGGCUGCGGCAAGAGAGGCCGUCAAGAAUUUAUCAAUUACGCUUGGAACAGAAUGGGCAGAAAAAAACAUUCAAAUAAACUGCAUCGCACCUGGAAUUUUCCCAUCUGAAACUGCUGUAGCUGCUUAUGGAGAGCAGGCGAAAGAAAUCUUCGACAAAAGUGCGGCUAACGUUCCCAAAAAGAGGCUUGGAGAUUUGUAUGAAGGAGAGAGUCUUUCCGAGGGGACACUUUCGAUGGAUUUGAUACCGCAAAUUCUUUUUAAUCUCACCGACGGCGUCCAGUAUACCACCGGGCAAACUACGAAUGUCUGCGGCGGAGUCACUUUCUUCAACAACUAUUUGAAGGGCGUCUACGACAUCGAAGCAUGGAUGGAAGAGCGUGGAAUCAACAUGGGCUGA